AAUGCUUCUGAAAUAUCAAGAAAGGUAUAAAGCAAUUGUACAUCAGCAGUUAAGAAUAAAUUGUUGCAGAUACCUUGAAGCCCAAUUUGCUCUGUCAAGUGUAAAAGCAAGACAUGAAAAGUUACUGAAUACUGAAAGAUCUGUGCAGGAAAUAAGGGACAUAUUUGUGCAGAUGGCAAUACUGGUAGACACACAGGGUGACAAUAUCAAGAGAAUAGAAUUCCAUUUGCUAAAGGCUGGAGGAUGCACUGAUCAUGGUAAAAGCUGGCUCCAGAAAGCACAAAAAAUAAAAGUAAAACAAAGAAAGAAAAAACUUAUCUUCUUGGGUGUCUUCAUAAUAGUAAUUGGAUGUGUUAUAAUUUUUUUCAUUAUAUAAAGUAAAAGAACAGCACCAUCAUAUCAUGUAUACUGACAUACAAUAAAAAUACAUGUAUUAAAGUUGUAAUAAUAUGAUUGCUAUUCGAUAUGUUUUAUCAAUAAUAGUAGGUUUAGUUUCAGUUUUCCAGCGCCUUACUUAGAGGAACCCUUAAUACUAUUAAUGUCUGUUACCAGAACUGAUGUAAGUGUACAGCUGGCACCAUCAUUACAAUUACGCAUGCCACAUAUGUAUUAAGAAGAGACACCAACGUAUAUGUGUAAUUUGAAGGAAAACAUGAAAUAGAAUUGACUUUUCCAAGCCAUUGGACCAGAUUCCAUGGCAAAAUGAAGGCCAAGACUACUACACUUGGACAUCUGUAUGAAUGGGUACCACAGUAGACUGGCAUUGAUUCAAAAGUUAAAUAUGAAAGAUCAAGUGGUAGCAGAAUAUUACGGCUGAUAAAAAAUUUCCCGGACAGCAUUUAUUGAAGGAAACCUAAGUAUCUACAAAUUACUGGAAGUUAUUUCCUCCAAAUUAUAUGAAGGGACCUUUCUGACAAACUGCAUAUCAAAGGCGUUGCAGAACGGUUCUGUAGACAGCCUGAUUCAUGGUCUGGCCUUUGGGAGGAAACUCAUGGUGCACCAGACCCUCCAUGUCAAAGAAAGCAAUCAACUUUGUCCAGACAUUUGACUGGACUUGACUUGACUUGACUAGCUUUCUUUGGCCGAGGUGAAUCAGCAUUUGUUUUGUCUCAGGAUAGUAGCCACAAACCCAUGAUACGUCCCUUGUGGCCAUCUUACCAAAUGCCUGGCAGAACUUGAUACAAACACGUUGCACCUUCAACACAUCCAUUCAUAACACAACGGACGGAUAAACACAGACUAGACUAGACUAACUUAAAACUGAGUUAAGUUAACACCCGCUCCAUUGGUAUGUGGUGUCAGGAAACCAAAAAGCCAACUAAGAACGGAGUCCUGCGCAUGCACAAAACAUCGUCCCUUGCUAGGUAACACCACUCCUGCAUACAAGACACAUUGCUGGAAAUGGUAAAUAGUGCCUUGAAACGAAAACAGUAGUGUGCUUUCACUGACAGGAAUUUUUCAUGGCACAAAGUCUAGAAAGUAAAGCUGUCCCAGUAUAUGCCACAUAGGCGCUUCAGGGAAGAGAUCAUACAGCUCCUACUCAUUCUUGACCUCGGCACUGGAUGGCGGUGAGUGAUCAGCACACUGUUCCUGACGGAGAGGCCGCUUUUCCUAUCAAGGAGGGGACCAAGCACCCCCAAUCGUUGAGCUGCCCUCUUUACCAUCUGGCUGACAUGUGCCAACCAGGUAAGCACUACCAACACAUAGAAAUCUCAUAUUUCAGAAAGAUUUCAUACUGUUGAUUAUGCUACUGUUGUACUCAUUGUAGUUCUACUCAAAAUAUGAUAUGUGAACUGAACAGAAGAUGUAUACACUAACUCACUUGUUAAUAAAAAUAGUAAAGAGUUGGCCUGACUAGAAGGGAGGAGCAACCAACAUUUACACUACAGUCCACAUUUGCAAAAGAAACUUACAGCAUUUCCCAUCUCUUCCAGCCUAGACAAAUAAUUCUUGACUUUGGAUUCACAUGAUCUCCCUUC